GUAAUCUGUGAAACCAAAAACUGGGCAUAAGUUCAAAUGUUAUCAAUUUUAGUCCGAACUGUCUCGCUCCAGAAAAAGACGCAAAAUGCGAGCGAUUUUCGUACCUCAGAUUAGUUGUUCCAUAACAAAACCGAAAUUCGUGUCGAAAGCAGCAAGCGGAUUAUACAAAAACAAUAAAUGUCUUUUUACCUGAGACUACCCAGCGGAACCAUGAUGGUGGUGCUGCUCCUAAUGUUGGCCGUAGUCACCGAUGAUGUGCAUGCCAAGCAUAAAUCCAAAAGUAAAGGAAUUUUUAGUAUUUUUCGCAGCGGAUCCUCUCACUCAAACUCACACUCACACUCCAAUUCGGGGCAUUCGGAUUCGGGGAAGAGCCAUUCUGGAUCCAGCUAUUCUUCCUACCACCACCGCUCAAGGUCCAGCAGUUCUGGAAGCCGCCGUAACAACACGGAUGAUUACCAAUACAACACGGCCACCAAAGCACCUAAUGUUCCCCAAGGUCACUUCCUCCUCAUCCCCGCCCUCUUUUGUUUGUGCCUUCAGUUCUUGUAACCUUAAUUGAACUUUUUACAAAUAUUUUAUAAUAAAAACGCGAUUAUGUUGCCUGACGGAA